CCGGUCUGGGGCUCCGGGUAAAGUUUCAGCCUCCGCACGUGACUCGCCAUGGCCGCUGCUUUCGCCCCGCGCCCCUGAGCCGCGGCCCCCCAAACCGCUCCUCUCCCUGGACCCCGCAACCCCUGACGCCGAACGGCUCCAAGGCUCAGGGUCAGGGCAGACGCCUUGUUCGCGGGCGACCCGGACGGAUUGCUUCCCCCCACUGCGAGCAUCACAGGACAUGGCCUCCCCAGCCACCUAGCUCGGGCCCACCUAGGAGAGGGAUCCUUUCGGCGUCCUGAAGGCCAGCUCUGGACCUUCCUGGGAAAGUGUCAGCUCACAGAAGUGCGUGACCAAAGGACCGGCUCUUGGGACGUCCCCCAGCCCACCUGGCCCCCAACCGGAGUGGGGGCUCCAGGAGGCUGAGAUCAGCCUGCUAGCCUUGGACCGCAGCUCCAGGACAGAAGGGGGGGUGGGCUGACCACCCAAACCCCCUCUGGGCCCAGGCCCCAUGACCCGAGGAGAGGCGGCCUGAAGCCUGCCAGAGCCUUCGGCCAGACUGUCUGCCUGCCCUUCUGACUGUGGCUGCUUGGCAUGGCCAGUAACAGCAGCUCUUGCCCAACACCUGGGGGCGGGCACCUCAAUGGAUACCCGGUGCCCCCCUACGCCUUCUUCUUCCCCCCCAUGCUGGGUGGACUCUCCCCACCGGGCGCUCUGACCACUCUCCAGCACCAGCUUCCAGUUAGCGGCUAUAGCACGCCAUCCCCGGCCACCGCCAGCACUUUGACCUGGGAGUCGGAGUUGGAAGCCCGCCCGCCGAUUCUGGCCUGGUCUUCAGUCUAUGCUAGGUCAGGAGGAGGCUGGACCUUGGGUGUACCCUUCAAAGACCCGGGGGCCUGUGGAAGGACAGAACUGUUCUCCAGGUCACUGGGGACAGGCUGGAGGGAAAGACCGAUAAGAGGCCUGGGCCAGAUCUCCAUCCUGUCCUGGAAGCUGCGGAUACAAUCUGUUCACGCCCAUCCUCGCCCCCAGAUCAGCCCACUGCAGCCCGGGGAGUUUGCAGAGCUCAGCGGGCACCCUCCCUCCAUCUCCAUCCAGACAGACACUGUAGGAACAGAGUCCAUUGAGACCCAGAGCAGCAGUUCCGAAGAGAUAGUGCCCAGCCCCCCCUCGCCACCCCCUCUCCCCCGCAUCUACAAGCCUUGCUUUGUCUGUCAAGACAAAUCCUCAGGCUACCACUAUGGGGUCAGCGCUUGUGAGGGCUGCAAGGGCUUCUUCCGCCGCAGCAUCCAGAAGAACAUGGUGUACACGUGUCAUCGGGACAAGAACUGCAUCAUCAACAAGGUGACCCGGAACCGCUGCCAGUACUGCCGGCUGCAGAAGUGCUUCGAAGUGGGCAUGUCCAAGGAGUCCGUGAGGAACGACCGAAACAAGAAGAAGAAGGAGGCGCCCAAGCCCGAGUGCUCCGAGAGCUACACGCUGACGCCGGAGGUGGGGGAGCUCAUCGAGAAGGUGCGCAAAGCGCAUCAGGAGACCUUCCCCGCCCUCUGCCAGCUGGGCAAAUACACUACGAACAACAGCUCAGAACAGCGUGUCUCUCUGGACAUUGACCUCUGGGACAAGUUCAGUGAACUCUCCACCAAGUGCAUCAUUAAGACUGUGGAGUUCGCCAAGCAGCUGCCCGGCUUCACCACCCUCACCAUUGCGGACCAGAUCACCCUUCUCAAGGCUGCCUGCCUGGAUAUCCUGAUCCUGCGGAUCUGCACGCGGUACACGCCCGAGCAGGACACAAUGACCUUCUCGGAUGGGCUGACCCUGAACCGGACCCAGAUGCACAAUGCCGGCUUCGGGCCUCUCACGGACCUGGUCUUCGCCUUCGCCAACCAGCUGCUGCCCCUGGAGAUGGACGAUGCUGAGACCGGGCUGCUCAGUGCCAUCUGCCUCAUCUGUGGAGACCGGCAGGACCUGGAGCAGCCAGACAGGGUGGACAUGCUUCAGGAGCCGCUGCUUGAGGCACUGAAGGUCUAUGUGCGGAAACGGAGGCCCAGCCGCCCACACAUGUUCCCCAAGAUGCUGAUGAAGAUCACAGACCUGCGAAGCAUCAGUGCUAAGGGGGCUGAGCGGGUCAUCACGCUGAAGAUGGAGAUCCCGGGCUCCAUGCCACCUCUCAUCCAGGAAAUGUUGGAGAACUCAGAGGGCCUGGACACUCUGAGCGGACAAGCGGGGGGCGGAGGGCGGGAUGGGGGUGGCCUGGCUCCCCCGCCCGGCAGCUGCAGCCCCAGCCUCAGCCCCAGCUCAAACAGAAGCAGCCCGGCCACGCACUCCCCGUGACUGCCCGUGGACACAGCCCUUGCCCCGUGCCCUGGCUUUUCUCUGCCUUUCUACCAACCAUGCGACCCCUGCCAGCCCUGCCCCCCACCUGUCCUCCCUUCCCUGGGGGACCGGAGGGAGGCGGUGGCGACUCUUCGGACAGAGGCCCGGGCCUGCGAUGGACUGCCCGCUCCUGCAGAUGUCAGGGCUGACAUCGGGGGCAAGGACUGAGUGAGGACCCCUGGUCCCGGGCCUCAGGAUGGGGCCCGGGGGCCUCGUGUUCAUCAAGACACCCCUCUGCCCACCUCUCCACAUCUUCAUCACCAGCAAAUGCCAGGACCUGGCUCCCCCAUCCUCAGAACUCACAAGCCAUUGCCCCCCCGUUGGGGAGCCCCCCUGCCUCGGUUGGUGACAGAGGGGGUGGGCCGGGGUGGGGGACUCCCCCUGUACAUACCCUGCCGUACCAACCCCCAGGUAUUAAUUCUUGCUGGUUUUGUUUUUAAUUUUUUUUUUUUUGGUUUUGAUUUUUUUAAUAAGAAUUUUCAUUUUAAGCACAUUUAUACUGAAGGAAUCUGUGCGGUGUAUUGGGGGGAGCUGGAUUCAGAGCUGGAGGGGGGUGGGUCCUGGGGGAGGGGAGUGGCUCAGAAGGGGCCCCCUCUCUCCCUAAGUCCCUGUGCCCCCAAGCCCUCCUCCCCAGCCUUUUCCUCUUCAGUUUUCUCUUUAAAACUGUGAAGUACUAACUUUCCGAGGCCUGCCCUCCCCUCUCCCUCUGCCUAACCACUGGGCGUGGACAGUUUCCCGGCAACCCCUGGAAGGAGGGGGCUCCCCCAAGAGAUGGGGCAGGGGCAAAGCAAGGGGGCCUCAGAACAUAAAGGCGUGUGUUUCUCAGCCUCGUGUCCUUGGCACAGCUGCCUCCCCAUCAGAGCCCACAUCAUUGAAGCCCUCCAGCCCCCCCACCCCCGAGCCCCGUGAAGGGGCUGGCCAGGGGAUCCGAGCUGCCCCUGCCCCCCAGCCUCACAGCCACCAGCACCGCCCACAGGGCCCCCAGAUACACACACACACACACACACACACACACACAGUGGACAGACGGGCCGGCAGACACUCGUGGCCCGAGUUCCUCCAUUUCCCUGGCCUGCCCCACCCCACCCCCGUGCCCCCUCCUUGCCCCGCAGGACGGGCCUACAGGGGGCCCCCUCCCGUCACCCCUGCACCCCUGGGUUUGGGGAGCUGGCUCUGCCCUGCCCUCCUUGCCCCGGGGUUGGGGUCUCAUCCCCCCAGAGCCCGCUGGUGCAUCUGUUACUGUUGGACUUUCCACUGAGAUCUACUGGAUAAAGAAUAAAGUUAUAUUUAUUCUA